AUGUAUUGUUACGGAUCCGUUCUACUGGUUGGAUUCUUCUACACGAUAGUUUCUGCAUCUCUUCUCCCUACGGGUGGUCAAAUAGAAAAGUAUAUGCGACCGAAAACCGAAAAUGAAGAGAUAUGUAAAAUGAGCCAAGAUUGCGUAAACUAUCCGCGAGACCAGUGCAUAGAAACAGUGUGCGUAACCCUUGGACAAAUGUGCACCAAGGAUUUGGACUGUCCACAUUUUGAAAAUAUAACCUGCAUCAAUAAGCAAUGCGUUCUGCUUGGUGGAUAUUGCACAUUUGACAGAGAAUGCCCUGGAUUCCCUUCCACUGCAUGUUUAAAAUCAAAGUGUGAACGGGUUGGCAAUCAGUGCUUUCUGGACAGCGACUGUCCACCCCCAGCAGAGUGUGUAAAUGGCAGAUGUGUAAAGCUGAACACAUUUUGCCGUGAGGAUAAACAAUGCCCAGGUUAUCCUCCUGUAUAUUGUUUGAAGAACAAGUGUAUAAGGAUGGGUCAGCACUGCACCAAAGACGCUCGAUGCAAGCAUUUUCCACAAACUGUUUGUGUAGAUUCCCAAUGUAUAAAAGUAGGACAGCAAUGCAAAAAUAAUGCGGAGUGCAUGCACUUCCCCCAAACACAAUGCAUCAAUUCACGAUGCAUUAAAUUAGGCCAACAAUGUAAAACAAACACUGAUUGUCCACGAUUCGAAGGGAUGAAGUGUACCAGGUGGGGUUGUGUGCAAUAUGGAACUCCAUGUGAAAUCGACAAACAGUGCGUAUCUGGAAUGAAAUGCGUGCUCGGAAGAUGUACACUGUUGGGACAAGCAUGCCUAAAAGACAAAAAUUGCCCUCAUUCACCGAGUGGUAAGACAAAAUGUCACAACUAUCGCUGUGUGAAAGUAGGUAAAAUCUAG